GGUACGAAAGCAAUGAAUUUGCUGCUGAAGCUGCAAAAAAUAUUUUAAUAUAAAAUAUAAUGAACAUCUUUGAAUUAAUAAAUGAAAUUUUUUGUUAUUACAGUGCAAGGACGACAAAUACAUUAAAAUAUGGCUGACGUUGAUGUUGAUGUUCCCUCAGCAGCUCCCGCUGUAGGUGGCCCCAUGGAUAUUAAUCAAGCUUUGCAAGAAGUUUUGAAGAAAUCUUUGAUUGCCGAUGGUCUCGUACAUGGUAUUCAUCAAGCCUGCAAGGCCUUGGACAAACGUCAAGCUGUUUUGUGUAUCUUGGCUGAGUCUUUUGACGAACCCAACUACAAGAAGCUCGUUACUGCCCUCUGUCAUGAACAUCAAAUCCCCUUGAUCCGUGUCGACUCCCACAAGAAGCUCGGUGAAUGGUCUGGUUUGUGCAAGAUCGACAAAGAAGGCAAGCCCCGUAAGGUUUGCGGCUGUUCCGUUGUUGUCAUCAAGGACUUCGGUGAGGAAACCCAAGCUUUGGAUGUCGUCAAGGAGCACCUCAGACAAAACAGCUAAACUACAAAUUCCUAUUUAUGUAGUCUAGUCUGUAAAUGGGGUUCAUCUGAAUGAUGAUAACGAUGCAUCUUGUUUUUGUUUUUAUCAAAAACACACCAAAAUAACAACAAAUGUGGCUAAAACAUAGAUGUAGUU